AUGUCGAUUUCUUUUCAGCGAAGACGCGGCGAGCUCGAAACAUUGAUAAAACAAAGAAAAGCUGAGCAAAUUGUGAAUUUCGAGUGGGCGAGGAAGAAUUUCGAGAAAUUGGACGAAAAUCGCCUCGAGGAGAUCGCGAAUCUCGAUUUUUUCGAGCUUCGAGAUGCCCUUCAAUCCGGCAAAUGUCUUCCCGUCGAGACCCUAUUGGCGUUCCAACGAAAAGCGUUGAAAUCGCACGCGACAACCAAUUGCAUUUGUAUGUUCAUCGAGGAAUCGCUGACGAUCGCCGAGGGUCUCGAGCAGAAUUUAAAGGACGCUGAUUACUGUAAGCCGCCGCUUUUCGGCAUUCCGAUCAGCAUCAAGGAGUGCAUUCGCGUGAAAUUCAUGGACUCGACGCAAGGAUGCGCUCAACAUCUGUACAAGCCAUCGCGAGAGCACGCCGCUUCGGUGGACCAGCUCAUUCGUCUCGGAGCCGUCCCGUUUGUGCACACCAAUGUCCCGCAGGCGCUAUUGAGCUUCGGAUGCUCUAAUCCGAUCUACGGCUCGACGUCGAAUCCGUGCGAUUCGUCGCGUGUGCCCGGCGGCUCGUCGGGCGGCGAGGCGGCACUGAUCGCCGCCGGCGGCAGCGUGCUCGGCAUCGGCACCGACGUCGGCGGCUCGGUGCGCACACCGGCGACGUUUUGCGGUCUCGCCGCGUUCAAGAGCUCGUCGCGACGUGGCUCGCAGCUCGGCACCGUCUCGUCGAUUCCCGGCCGCCAACUGCUCGUCACCGUCGAGGGUCCCAUCGCGCCGACGAUCGACGCCUGCGUCGAAUACUUGCGAUUGAAGUGGAACGAUUCCGAAUUGAGCCGUCGCGAUUUCUACGUGCCGCCCGUCAACUUUCGCGAGCAUUUGUACGAUUCCGACGAACCGCUUCGCAUCGGCUACUACACGUUCGACGGCUAUCAAACGGCACCGGCGGCGUAUCGGCGAGCGGUUUUAGACGCGGUCGGUGUGCUCCGCGAGCUCGGCCAUCAUCUCGAAGAGUUUUGUGUGCCUCGCGCGGCGCACGCGUUCAAUAUUUUUUGCGCGGCGGCCACGUCCGACGGCGGAGUGUUCCUGAACGAGCUUCUAAGCAAUGACAUUGUGCCGCCGGAAUGCUACGUCGGACCACCGGUGACCCGCCUACCGUACUUCAUUCAACGAAUUUUGCGAAAAUAUUUGCCCGAUGAACGUGUGAAAGGCGUUUUGAGAGAAUUGCCGCACAAUUCGGAAGAAAUGCGCGAAAUGCACGAGAAAAUUGAGGAUUACCGACACGAAUUCGUCAACGCGAUGCGAAAACAGAAGCUCGAUGCGAUCGUGUGCCCGGCGUUUGGAACCCUUGCGCCGCAUCACGGCAUCCCGAAUCAGAUGAUAAGCGCGACGAGCUACACGUCGCUGUUCAAUUUGGUCGAUUUCGCCGCCGGCACAAUUCCGAUAACGCGCGUCUCGGCGAACGAUGAGUCCGUCGACGAGGCGACGAUGCCUUGCGACGAUCGAUGGAAUCAAUUGAUACGACGCGAAUCGACGGGAUGUCGCGGAAUGCCGAUUUCGGUUCAAAUUGCGGCGCCGCCGUUUCGCGAGGAGAUCUGUUUGCGCAUUUUGCGGCAAAUUCAAAACAAAAUCGGAAUUGCUCGCAAUUAA